AUGGUGCCGCCAAAAGUCAGGUGGGCGACGUCCAACGACUGGGCAGCGGUUCGGGACAUCGUGACGGAGCUCUAUGCAUGGGAGGGAAUGUCAUUGCAGGCUUUAAUGCAAUGGAUGCGGGAGAAUCAUAACUUCCAUGCAACUGCCAAGAUGUACAAGUACCGGUUCAAGAUAUGGGGGGUACGUAAAAAUUUUAAGAGUAGCGAGAUUGAUGAGCUCCUUGCGAACAACUCCCAUGAACAUGUACAGGCUCACUCAAGAUGUCAACCAGCCAGGGACGGACGCAUCAUCUCAGCAUCCCAUGACAAGGAACCACCAGGGCGCCUCGUUCCAUAUCCAUCACAUCUUGCAACACCAGACUGUCUUCGAAUACCGGAGGAAUGCAUACGCUUCUCCCGAGACUAUAUCGACUCCAGGGUCUGGCAGUACAGCAUAGACAAGAAUGCAUUUCUACGAGAAUGGUACGGCACUUUCGCAAGAGGCGAAUCUCUCCUCGCAGCGGGAAUGGUCCAAGACGCGUUUUCCCACUUUCAGCGCGGCUUUUCGCAGACAGCCGAUGGCGUUGCGGGCCAGGAUCCUUCUUUCUUCGUAUGGAUGUACUCGGCAGCCAUGACACUAUUCGAGUCCGCGCCAGAAGUCGCCAAGUCACUCAUCACCUACACAGCACAUAUGUGUCGCGUUACGCACGGUCCCCAUCAUCCUCUCUCGCUCCUCCUGUCUCGCAUGAAUCGGAUGGACAUACAUGAGCUGGUAAAGGGUGCCAGGCAAGUGCUAGAAUCGUAUUUCCAGUAUCUGGAGUCGAGCUUAGAUUCAGCUAAGGAGUGUGACUUAAAUGCCACGCUUGUCAUUCUACAAGUCCGCACAACCGAUCUUCUGGUGCUCCGAGGCUUGUUAGAUAUGCAAGUUGCGGACGAGCUAUUCCAACGAAAUCUUGGAAAGAUACGGUGUCUACCUCGCGCCACAUUCCAUCUUCUGAAGCCCAUCCAACGGUACGUCGCCAGCGCACACGAGGAAAGUGUCCAGCUUAUCAUGUCUCCCGAGCAACUCUUUGCACGUUUUGCUUCAGGCGAAAUUUUGUCAUACUCUGAGUCUCUGGCAUGGUGCAAUCUUGUACCGCUGGUGAAGAAUGAUAACCAAUUGGCGCCCAGUCAUGUUUCCAUGCUAUUAGACCAAUUCGCGUCUACUACCGCAAUCUUCAACAGUAACGGUUAUGGGAACUAUUUAGGGAAAGACUUCUACAGCGGCUUCGAGCGGAAGAUGUCUCAAAUGGGUUGCAAUCGGAAUGGAAAAUGGAAGAGAUCGGGCUUCUGGCUAUGA